AUGGGUAGAAGGCCAUUCAAAUGCUACAGAACAAUCAACAAGAAGGCGUACAUUAAAUCGCGAUUUUGUAGAGGUGUUCCUGAAUCAAAGAUAGCAAUUCACGACUUAGGAAACAGAAAGGCAUCAGCAGAUGCAUUGGCAUUCAGAGUCAAUUUGAUUUCAAUGGAACAAGAGCAUCUUUCAGCAGAAGCAUUGGAAUCAUGUAGAGUUGCAGCUAACAAGUACAUGGUAAAGAUGGCUGGUAAGGAUAACUUCCAUAUGCGAAUAUGUCCUCAGCCAUUGAAUAUCUUGAGAAUAAACAAGAUGUUGACGUGUGCUGGAGCAGACAGACUUCAGACUGGAAUGAGGAAUUCAUUUGGUAAACCAUAUGGUAGAGCAGCAAGAGUAUUUGUUGGUCAGCACAUCAUCAAUGUUAGAACAAAGGGUAAUUUUGUAUCCCACGCUAAAGAAGCAUUGAGAAGAGCUAAAAACAAGUUACCAGGGAAACAAUUGAUUCAGGAGUCUACGAUUCAUGGAUUUACGAAGAUGACACGUGAUGAGUAUCAGAAUCUAAGGAGUGAGAAUAGGUUACUUGUUAGAGGAAGUUGUGUGAGUGUUGUUAAAGAGAAGGGAUCUAUUGAAAGGUACAAGGAGAGAAUGACCAAGGCGCUUGAAUAG